AUCAUCUCAACACUCCGUGUGUAUGGACGUGCAGACACUGUCGCCCGUACUGUAAAUACUGUACACGUAUCAUCCCGGAUCAACGCGAUUCUCCUCCCAAAUAAAAUGGGUUAAGAGGAAAGAUGUCUGGAUAAUUCAUUUAAACACUUCGCAGGGAUGGGGACUCGGACAUUCUGUUUUGGCAGGCACAUCUUGACAAAGGCGCAAAGAGAAAUCGGAGAAGGACUUUAAUAUCAUCCUUCUAUCCUUUCGUUUCCUUCUUUUCUUUUUUUCUGUUUUUGAGAGAUGAUCGCAGAGUUGGUGUGCAGCGCCGUGGCACUGGUCCUGUAUGUCAACACACUGGACGCUGAUUUCUGCUACGAUGACAGCCGUGCUAUCAAAACCAACCAAGACCUUCUCCCCGAAACGCCUUGGAUCAACGUCUUCUACGAUGACUUCUGGGGGACGCUCCUCACCCACAGCGGCAGCCACAAGUCCUACCGGCCGAUCUGCACCCUCUCCUUCCGUCUCAACUACGCCCUGGGUGGCUUGGACCCUUGGGGAUACCACCUGAUCAAUGUGGUUCUCCACUGUGCCACGACGGCUCUGUUCUCCAGCCUUUCAAAGCUGCUGCUGGGGUCGGGCUGGUGGAGCCUGCUGGCUGGGCUUCUGUUCGCAGCUCACCCCAUCCACACGGAGGCCGUGGCGGGCGUCGUGGGACGGGCCGACGUCGGCGCAGCACUCUUCUUCCUUUUGGCCCUGCUCUGUUACAUACGACACUGCUCCCUGAGGACCAGCGGUGCCCGCAGGGAGAGCUGGAUGUGGUUUUUGGGCACACUAACUUGCGCUGCCUGUAGCAUGCUGUGGAAAGAGCAGGGCGUGACGGUGCUGGCUGUGGCGGCCAUGUAUGACGUGUUUGUCUUCCAUAGGAUGAAGCUGCAGCAGGUUCCUACACAUGUUUUUAAGAAGAAAAAUCUGCACCUGCUCUUCAGCGUGUUUCUGCUCGGCUUGUGGGGAAUCGUCCUUCUCGCUUGCCGCCUCUAUUGGAUGGGCAACAAACCGCCAAACUUCUCCAACUCGGACAACCCCGCAGCUGACUGUCCCUGUUUCCUAACUAGGAUGCUGACAUUCUUUUACCUCCCUGCCAUGAACGUCUGGCUCCUCCUUUGCCCUGAUAUGCUGAGUUUUGAUUGGUCAAUGGACGCUCUGCCACUUCUGAGUAGCCUUGCCGAUUGGAGAAACCUCCACACUGUUGCCUUCUACGCCUCGCUUUCGGCACUGGUGUGGUUUGGAAUUUGCAGUAGCGCCACCAAAGGCAAGGAGACCAAUGGCAAAGCCCAUCAUGUAGCAAACGGGAAGUCCACUAAUGGACACAGUUGUAGCUCUGAACAUGAAAACUCAACAUUUCACUCAAACUCAGUGCAGAUGAAUGGAAGCAAUGGUACUGCCAAACACUAUUCAUCGACAUUGCCCACCACUGAGAGUUUGGUUGUGUUCUCAUUGGGUCUGUUGGCUAUUCCCUUCCUCCCUGCCACCAACCUAUUUCUCUACGUAGGCUUCGUGGUGGCCGAACGUGUACUGUACAUCCCUAGUAUGGGCUUCUGCCUGUUGGUAGCAGUAGGGAUGAGAUGUUUAUAUGUCAAACUGAGAAGAAAACUCUCAAAAGAUUUGGUGCUGGGCUGCUGUGCAGCUUUGGUUCUUCUUUUUGGGAUUAAAACCGUAUUGAGGAAUCGCGACUGGCGGAAUGAGGAGAUGCUAUACAAGUCUGGGAUAUCCGUGAACCCUGCUAAAGCCUGGGGUAACCUGGGAAACGUUCUCAAGAACCAGGGGAAGGUAGCGGAGGCUGAGCAGGCGUACAGGAACGCUCUGUACUACCGCAGAAAUAUGGCGGACAUGCUGUAUAAUCUGGGUCUCUUGCUACAGGAACACAACAGGUUCUCAGAGGCUCUCCAUUACUAUAAGCUGGCCAUUGGGAGCAGACCAACUCUGGCUUCUGCUUACUUGAACACGGGGAUUGUCCUGAUGAACCAGGGCCGCCUAGAGGAGGCAAAGCGGACCUUCCUCACCUGCGCUGACAUCCCAGAUGAGAACCUGAAGGAUCCUCACGCACACAAGAGCUCCGUCACCAGCUGUCUUUACAACCUGGGAAAGCUUCUUCAUGAGCAGGGUCACCAGGAGGAGGCCGUAUCUGUGUAUAAAGAAGCAAUACAGAAGAUGCCCAGACAGUUUGCCCCACAGAGCCUUUACAAUAUGAUGGGAGAGGCCUACAUGAGACUCAACAAACUCACAGAGGCCGAGCAUUGGUAUAAGGAAUCCCUCCGAGCCAAACCGGACCAUAUACCUGCACACCUCACAUACGGCAAGCUGCUGGCCAUGACGGGUCGCAAAGCAGAAGCGGAGAAAUUCUUUCUCAAGGCGAUCGAGCUUGAUCCCAUGAAAGGAAACUGCUACAUGCAUUAUGGUCAGUUUUUGCUGGAAGAAUCUCGGCUUUUGGAGGCUGCUGAGAUGGCGGAAAAGGCAGCGCGUUUGGACAGUGAAGAAUUCGAUGUGGUUUUCAGUGCAGCUCAUAUGUUCAGGCAAGCCAGUCUCAAUGAUGGCGCUGAGAGGUUCUACAUACAGGCGGCCAACCUGAGACCCAAAUAUCCAGCAGCUCUCAUGAACCUCGGGGCCAUCCUCCAUCUCAACGGUAAACUUCAAGAAGCAGAGGCCAAUUACCUACGAGCCUUAGAGCUGAAACCAGACGACACCAUCACACAGUCCAACCUGAGGAAGCUGUGGAACAUCAUGGAAAAACAGGGCUUGAGGACCUUGGCUCCAUGACUUUGGAUGGCUUUUACUAUUGAACACCUUCGCUGAAGUUUAAAGUGAGAUGUUCUCACCGGUGAGGUAAUACAGAGUAAGGAAGCCCUCAAAACUUCGUUUACCUCACUAGAUUCUCAACGUCAUGAGAGCACCCACGUCUGGUAUAACGGAGAACUUCUGGAACGCUCUAGAACAUCAGAGGACAUCUGCUCUUCGUCCUCAACUGGAGUCUUGAACUUGAAGUGGCCCAUCGAUACAUACUUGAAGUGUCACGACAGAUUAGAUUUUUAUUAGCUAGUUGACACGCAAUAGUCUUGAAGGGCAAUAUUUGUCCCAAGGCUGAAUAAAAUUCCCAUGAGCAUGUACAGUAUGUUAAGUUCCUUGAUCCGUGUGAUUUGAAUCAUUAAUAUUUAAUGAGUUCAUUGUGGCUCACGGACAAAACAUUUGCGUAGAAUUUUAUGAGCUGACGCGUGAUUCGGCCGCAACUUGAAUAGACCACAAAACAUAAGUUGUACAUUUUUUCCACCUACAGUACAAAAAAAGUUAGGUUUGCACGUUUGAUAUGUGAAGUCAUGGUUCGUGAAGGAUUUAAAGCGGAAUGCAAAUUUUGAACUAAUGAAACCUACAGUAUUUUUAUAUAGUACAUCUAUUCAGUCACAGUGCACCCACAUUUAAUAAACGUCUACGAGGAUCAUGAAUUCCAUCUGUUUUGAACUAUCUUGCCAAAAUGACAUGAAAUCUGAAGGGAAUAUUCGAUGGGCUAAGUAGCCUGAAGGAAUUUUUAAAGACUCGAUUUAUUUUUGCCUUAAAAAAUUGUGAUGUUCACACUUAUGCAUUUGGUAGACGCUGACAUCCGAAGACACUUCGCAUUCAAUGUUUGUGUUCUUUGGGAAUCAACCGUGUGACCUUGGCAUUGCUAGCGCUGUGCUCUACCAGUUGAGCUACGGGAAAACUCAUGUAGCAGAAACAAAAGGACUUUCUAUCUACAUUUUCUAUUAUUGCUGUACUAACAUAAAAGGUGAAGGAUUAAAAAAAGUUCAGAUUUUACAAAACAUUUUCAGAGAUGGACCACGUGUUUCUUCUACUUCUUAUGGCAAAGUCUCCAUCACUGCAUUAGUUAGGCGGAUCCGGUAGAGUUCAAACAAUGCUUUGACUGAUAACUCCUAACCAAAUAUAAAUCCUUUCAAUUUUGCACUCAUCUAACAAUAUACAGCCAUAAUUUUAUAAGGGAUUGUUUAUGUGUAAUAUCGGUUUAAUAUUGUUUUAUGUUGGAGUGUAUAAAUGGAGCUUAAUAUAUAAAACAACACAUGUUGUCGUUCACGUGUGAAAAUGGUGAUACAAAUUAAUUAUCAUUCUUACAAUUACGGUUUCAUUGUCUGUUCUCGUCCCUGAUUUUCAGUGUUGUGUACAUAUUGAUGGAAAAAACAUCUCUUUAUCUGUUGGUCUCACCGGUUUCUAUGAGGUUUCUAUGUUUUAUGAAGUGUGUUUUAUGUGAUGUCAGUUUUCCAUCAUGUUAAAGGUCUAGCGAGUGAAGUUGUAGACAGCCGAAUCAGUAUUAACUUAUUUCUUUUGUGUCGUCAUAAUGAAUGAAAAACAGCUGGCACUGUUGUGUGUCAAAAGUAUGCAAAAGAUUUGCAAAUCAAGAGUCCCUUAUUAGAAAAAAAAAGUUAAUUGAACAAUCCAGACCUGUGUAAAGAAACAUUUUUAAGGGUGUGUAAAACAGUGGGAACUUUUUGAAUAAAUCCGGAAUUUGUAAUGCA